AUGGCGGUGCAGACCUUCAAUUCCGACAUUGGGCUGCCGCCAAACUCCUACAUCUACAGGAUCAUUUCCACCGCGGCGCGGCUAGAUCCGCUCAGCUAUUCCAAGACUGAUCAGCUUGCUAUAAUAUCUUCUGACGACUCUCUGCGCUUUCUCGAUCCGGCCUCACUCAAGGUCAACGGCGUUGUCAAGGCUGCCAACAACAGCAUCACCUGCUUGGAGAGGGCCAACGAUGCACCAAGCAAUGUCAUAGCAACGGCUGGAAGAGACGGACUGAUCAGAUAUUGGGAUCAGCGAAGCAGACAGAAGGUCUUAGAAAUCCAAAGUCCGAACAAGCUUAUCUCAUCACUCGUCUGUGAUGCGCAAAACAACUUUGUGGCUGCUGGUAUUGAAAACCCAGAGGAUGGACCUCACGAGUCUCCUGUCUACGUCUGGGACCAGCGCAACCCGUCAGCGCCGCUACGCUCUUUCCUAGAAUCACACACAGACACAGUUACAUCCCUUCAAUUACAUCCAACCCUCCCCACGCUACUCCUCUCAUCUAGCACAGAUGGUCUAGUAAACAUCUUCGACACAUCUCAAGCUGAAGAGGAGGACGCUUUGUACCAAGUCAUCAACCAUGGAUCCGCCAUUGCACAUGCAGGUUUUAUGUACCCGAGCACUGACAUCUUUGCGGUCGGCACCGAUGAGACGAUGAGCUUCUACGCUCUGCAGAGUCAGAAAGAGGAGGAGGAAGAACCAGCGCCGAAGGCCUUCGGUGAUGUGAGGGAGCCGUUGGGUUGCGAGUACCUGGCGAAGAUGCACUGGGUUGGCAGCCAGCCAUUCAUUGCGACAGGAAAGCACAGUGAGUGUCGUCUGGAUCUUGUGCCCAUUCGUAAGGGUGCAGGUGCGCCAUUGCAGUACGAGUAUGACCUCACGAAGAGCGUCAGGCUAUCAGGUGCACAUGGCGAGGAGAUCGUGCGAGAUUUGUUCACGGAUACACACACACAGACUACAUAUACAGUUGGUGAAGACGGCCACGUCCGUGCUUGGAAGACCAAGGCAUCUACUGAUGAGUCUAUGGACAUUGACGAAGGGGCAGAUGCAAAGAAGGACAAGAAAGAUCGUAAGGAGAAGCGAAAGGAGAAGAAAGACAAGAAAGACAAGAAGAGGUACGAGCCGUACUGA